AUGUCGUGCCCUUUCAUGGAAGGUCCAAUUGACAGGGAGGCUCAAAUUAUUCGCCGAGAGCGACUUAUCAGACCUCGUUGUGAUAUUUUGUCAUUUUCAGAGGAGUCUCUUUGCGAGUGUUAUCGUUUUUCAUCACGGUCCAUAAUCUACCUCAACAACCUUCUUAAACCUCACAUCUUGAACAUCACUCAUCGUGGAUUUGCGUUCACAUCGUUACAGACUCUGUGCAUUGCCCUUCGUUUUUUUUUUGCCAAUGGCAGCUUUCUGUAUAACAUUGGAGAUGCUGAACACAUCGGGAAAACAAUAGUGUGCAGAUCCAUCCGAAAAGUGUGCCUUGCAUUGAAGCACUUUCUCCACAUUUUCGUUGUUUUCCCGGGACAUAAAGCAGUAAGGGUUAUCAAAGAGGAAUUCUACAGAAUAACAGGAUUUCCAAAUGUAAUUGGCUGUGUGGACGGAACACAGAUUCCUAUUAAAGCUCCAAGUGUGAACGAAGGAGAUUAUGUGAAUAGGAAAUCUUUUCACAGCAUCAAUGUACAGAUAAUAUGUGAUGCCACCCACAUCAUCACAAAUGUGGAAGCCAAAUGGCCAGGGUCUGUACAUGAUUCAGGGGUGUUUCGUGAGUCCACCUUGUACAACAAGUUUGAACAAGGACAAUAUGAUGGUAUCCUCCUUGGGGACAGAGGCUACCCUUGCCUACCCUUUCUGAUGACCCCCUAUCCUGACCCUGAGCCUAGAGCACAGUGCUGCUACAACCUGGCCUACUGCAGGACAAGAGCCAGGGUGGAGAUGACCAUUGGCAUCCUCAAGGCUCGCUUCCAGUGCCUGCGUGGGCUCAGGGUCACUCCAGAGAGGGCAUGUGACAUCAUUGUGGCAACUGUGGUGUUACACAAUAUUGCCACAAUAAGAGGAGAAAGAUGCUCUAGUGCAGUUGUAGACCAAGAUGAUGCACCUUCCUGA